AUGGCGACCGGUGGCAAGCCCGCUGCCCCUCAGCCCCCUCCCGCCGCGCCCUCCUCCUCCGACCGCGCGCUGGAGUCAGUCCACUUCUCCUCGGGAAACCCUCGCAUCGAGGAGACCCGCGGCGUCGUCGUCCUCCACCCCGACCCGCCCGCCGCCUCCUCCUGGUCUCAUCUCCCGGUGGGGAGGAAGCCGCGGGUGUGUGUGCUCGCCGUGCCCAACCACAUGACCUACGCCGACUUCUGCCGUUUCUGCGGUGCCUUCGUCCCCCACACGCUCGAGAUGCGCAUAGUCAGAACUGAUGGAGCAGAGGACCAGUACAGUGUUCUUAUAAAUUUCGACACUCAGAGCUCCACAGACAGCUUCUAUAAGCACUUCAAUGGGAAGCAGUUCUCUUCGCUGGAGGGGGGUGUUUGCCAUGUCCGUUUUGUGGAAGAUGUGCACUACACUCAAUUGAUUGAGCAUGCACAUACCUCAGUUACAAACUUGGCUGAGCAACCUACGUGCCCAGUAUGUCUCGAACGACUUGACCAAGAUCCUGGAGGUAUUCUCACAACAAUCUGCAACCAUUCUUUCCACUGCUCGUGCAUAUCAAAAUGGACAGACUCCUCAUGCCCGGUCUGUAGAUAUUGUCAGCAGCAACCAGAGAAAUCCAUGUGUUCUAUUUGCGGAACUUUGGAGCAUCUUUGGAUAUGUCUAAUCUGUGGUCAUGUUGGCUGUGGAAGGUACAAAGGUGGACAUGCUAUUGAACACUGGAAGGAAACUCAACAUUGUUAUUCACUUGAGUUAGAGACACAGAAAGUUUGGGACUAUGCUGGGGACAACUAUGUCCAUCGGCUUAUUCAGUCAAAAACAGAUGGAAAGCUAGUUGAAUACAAUUGCCAUGGUGAUCACACAGCAGAGAGCACGUGUUCACUAUGCAGUGGUGAUACCGCAAUGAAUGAAGCUCUACUGAACAGUAAAUUUGAAGCUAUUGUUGAAGAGUACAAUGAUCUUGUAACAUUUCAACUUGAAAAGCAAAGAAAUUACUAUGAGUCACUUCUACUAGAAGUUAAAGAGGAAACUGAGAGAGAAAUUUCUGCUGCUACUGAGAAAGCCAUGAGCAUAAAACUCCAAAAGUUGGAAGCAAAGUUUGACAAGUUUAAGGAAGAGAAAAGAUUUCUUGAUGAAGUUAAUGGCAAUCUUGUCAAGAAUCAGGAGAUGUGGAUUGAAACGAUACGAAAAGCACAAGCAAGGGAGCAAGCUGCCCUUAGAUUAAAAGAUGAGAAGAUUGAAAAACUUCAAGAAGAGCUAAGAGGUUUGAUAGCCCAUUUCGAGUGCCAAAGCGCCAUUGCACAAGCUCGAGAUUCGUUCUCAAGUGAUAUGCCAGGGGACAUGAUUCUUCCGAUAGCAUCAGAAUCAUCCUCGAGCGGCGGUGACCCUGUUGGUGGCACCAGAAACGGGAAGCAGAAUUGA